GCAUUCCAACCCCUGUCUUUCUCUAAAUUUUGGAGACAGAGUGUGGGAGAAGACGAAGAGUAGAGGGGGAGGAGAUUGGCAUCUGUGAGAAAAGCCCGAUUGCAGCAGAAGAGAGAGGGCUACUGAGGGUUACAGAACCAGCCACUUGGCCACAGGAACUGAAAUUUGCAAUCUAAGUGCAUCCUGACCGAGGCCCGGAUGCAAGCACACCCAUACCAAACCAGCAACCUAAGAAUAAUACACCCUUUAUCCCUCCACUACAUCUUGCUCCGUUCAAGCCGGGUAAAAGUGUUUACUCCCAGAUCAAGAUGCAGCGAGUUACCGGUGAAGCCUGGACCUGGUCUGAUCAUCCACGGCGCCACGCCUAACCUUGUCCUAGUUGUAGUAGCACAGCACAGUAUGCACAGUAUGCACAGUAUGCACAGUAUUCACAUGGGAAAGAAGACGACCUUCAGCCUCUUAUUGAGGGAGCUGCCAAGACAACACUCCUCACUCCACCCAGUCCCUUCCUCUCCAGCCAGGCCAGAUGGGACACAAUAUAAUAUAUAUCCCAUCUGAGCCACGAGGACAGAAGUAUAGUCUCACUCAGCUACGUGAGCAACAAGAAGAGAGCUCAUACCCCAGUCCAUAGCUAGACUCUCUCUCACUAAGCCAGCCUCUACAGAGCACUCAUCCUGAGGCAUCCCUGCAGCAGAGAGAGUUCUGCCGACACCACCACGGCCCGCAUCAGAUUCUGCUGAGCAUGCGUAGCCAUCACCCAAUGAAGAGGAUAAGGCUUGUGAUGGACAGUAUGACAACUGUGAGUUGACUGACCCUCCACCGUGGCCUCCAGCAUGUGAUGAGUCACUACUGCCGCGUCAUCAGAGUGACACUCCAAGCCUACAGUGCAGCUACCAAGAGCCUCCUCCAACAGCAGCUGAGUUCUCUCAGUCCCGGCACUCACCACACCUGUCUGAAAGCUAUUCCUCCACUAGUGGUCCAGCUAAGAGACAUACUGUACUUACCUAUCAGCUCCCAGACACUUCCAGUGUGGAGAACCAGCCCGCUGACGGUGCCAGGGUGUAUCUACCUGUCCCUGCCACUGGUUCUCAUGUUGCCCUCAGCAUGGCUAUCCAUCCUGUUCCUAACAAGGUGAUCCAGUCUUAGCAUCAGUCAGCAGUCAGCCAUCGUGGAGCUCCAGACCACCUACCCCGGUCCCGGAGCCCAGACCAGCUACCACAGAUGGGUCCCAGCCUGCCCCUUCCCCCAGGGUUCCUGCUGAUUACUACAACGCUAACCCGUUCUUCCCUCAGGUUCCAGUCUGCCACAGAGUAUGGGGCUGAGCCUACCCCUGUUAGGUCAGACUCAGCGCCUUCCACUCAGGAGGGGCAGCGUUCUCUACCUACCAUGGCAGCCCAGCCAGACCUGAGCCUGAAGGUACAAGCUGGCCCUGUCUUCAGGUCACCACCUCCUGCAACAGAGAGCCAUCGUGUUGUAUCCACAGGGCCACAGACCGCCGUUGAUGCAGAUCAUCAGCCAGCACCUCCUUCUCUGCCACCAGCCGCAGCCCAGGGAUCCUUAGCCCCUGUCUCAGUAUCUCUUCCACCAGCUGUAGCCCAGGGGCCACUACCUGGCUCUAAGCUAAGAGUCAUCCCUGUUCCCGUUAGGGGGGCUUCAGAAGCCAACAACAAGCCCCCACCUGCUCCUGAUGAGGAGCCCAGCUCAUCUCCAGCCACGGUCCCUCCAAAGUUGCUAGGACUACAGUACUACAGACCACUGGGUGUGGCCUCAGUGGAAGCUCCCAGCAGCAGCCAUCAUGGUUCUCCUGCUCAUGUCUGUGACUGUGCUGCAUCUGCUCACUCUGGCCAUGCUGUUCAUCGCUACCAUGGAGAAGUCCUGGUGGGUCUGGACCGAUGCUGAGAUCACAGACCUCUGGUAUAACUGCAUUCAUGACAACGUAACGGGAAACUGGCUGUGUGCUGCCUCUAAUGAAAAUGACUGGUUGCAGGUUGUCCAAGCCCUGAUGGUCCUCUCUGUGGUCUUCUGCUCUAUCUCCUUCCUGGUCUUCCUGGGUCAGCUCUUCACCAUGUCUAAAGUCGGGGUCUUCUAUUUCACAGGCCUUUGUCAGGUCUUCGCAGGUUUCACAUCAUUUGCUGCCUCGCUCAUCUUCACGUUCCACCGUAAGGAGAUCCUGGAGGACUCUAGAGACCUGAGCAUGGGUCACUUUGGCUACUGCUUCAUCCUGGCAUGGUCCUGUGUACCCCUCCUGCUCUUCAGUGGAGUUCUAUAUGUCCACCUGCGCAAGAGGCAGUGAGCCAAGACAGACGUGAGGGCAAUAAGCAGCAUCAUUCAGUAUUACUUGAUACUGUUAUCCUGUUAUCACUCGACUGUGGUGAACAACAACAGAGACACAAUGUGCGAUGAAAGAGAGUUACAUACACUACAUGACCAAAAGUAUAUGGACACCUGCUAUUGAACAUCUCAUUCCAAAAUCAUGGGCAUUAAUUUG